CGUAAGUCAAGACCCAGUACCUGUGAUUCCUCAAUAUACACUGCUAGUAUGUGGUGGUGUGUAGUGACGUGUGGUGCUCCUCGUCCUUCAACCAGCAUGACCCUCUGCCUCGUCCUACUCCUCAUCCCCUUCCUCCGCCCUCUACCGUUGGAAGUCCUCUCCUCUCCUGAAUUAGUCUCCGAUUGUGUCGAGAGAGCUGAGACUUCACUAAACAUGGCAUCUCGUGAUAUUCUAAAGAGCUCUGAAAUCAUCUUUGGUGUGGAACCUGCCAAUUCGUCCUUCAUCUGUAAGGUUGAGCUCAAGCCUGAAAAGGACUCCCCCCUCUCCUCCAGCCUAACAGUAGACAUCAUCCACAAUAACUCAGAUGUCGUCUCGGUGACUGAGAGUGAGGUGACCAAAAAUUAUUCACUAUGCUGGCCAUCUCAAUCUGCUUUCUCUAGACUCGAUUACUUUAUCAGGCUGAUGGACGGCAGACAGAUGAAGGUCGGGAUAAACAGUUUCUCGGAUAAUCCCUGCACCAUCAUGCUACGUAAGGAAAUCACCAGGGACUUCAGGGCGACGAUAACAUCAGAGCAGAAUGUCACCUUCUACGAGGUGCCGUGUAAGAAUGUUGAGGUGUCCACGCCGACUCCGACACAGAAUUACUUAAGCUUAAAGCAUCUCUAUAGCGGUUUGGUCGGUUUCGUCAUCCUUCUGCUGUUCCUCGUGUUCUGUUGGUAUAUACGACGCCUAAUACACCCACACCCACCUACUGGGCCGCCCACACAAGCCGACAACUCAACUUCUCCCUCAGGGCCGAACCAAUCAACAACUCACGACCUCAUGGACAGCUUGGGCUCUAACCCGUUGAGCAACUUCUCUAGCUACGACUCCGUACCUCAGGAGCAAACCGCAAGGGAGCCCCUAGACAAAGAAAGUGUCAAGAAUUGGUCCCAAAUGUCAAGAAUGGGCGAGGGCCCCGUAUCAGAGCCACCACCACCAUACACACGUGAGGUCCACUGGGAGACCCCUUCACUGAGACAUCACAACAACAACGAUGACGAGACCACGUACGAGAGAGCUACCUUCUGGUGGGGAACCUAGUGAUGAUAGAAAGGCUCUGAAUAUCGUUAAGAUUCCCUAGAACACAAUGAAUUCCUUAACUAGUGCCAAUUGAGACCCUCUCGAGUAAAAAUAAUCCACCAUAGAAAAUGUUUUAUGACAAACUACACUAAAUUCUAGCACACGCAUAUAUUUUGGCGGAGUGAGUUAAGAAGUUUGUUAUCCUUCACUGUUUUGUUCUGAAUUAUAGUUGUAUCUUACUGUACAAGCUACAGCAACUAAAGCAUAGUUUGUUGAAUAAAAGAGUUAAUAGGUAAGCAAAGUUUCCCUGACCUGUGUUUGAGGGUGUGACAACAGGUGAUAAACUCAAAAAUAAAAUAAACUAACGUCUAGGCUCCUGCUUCUCUAACCUAUUCCAAUCUAUCUAAAACUAUCCUAACUCAACAUAUCCCAACCUAACCAAAACUAACCUAAUUGAACAUAUCCAAACUUACCCAACCUUAAUGUAUUACCUUAAGGUUUGGUUAGGUUAAAUUUGGUAAGAUUAGGUACGAUAGUUUAGGUUGGUUCAGCGUAUGUCG